GACUGGGGAGCCCGCGGGGCCCGGAAAAGACUAGCAAGUCAAAGCGGGAAGACCUUGCGAUCGGUUAACCUUGCCGUUCCAGUCUUCCCCAAGUAUAGAUUGCUUGGCGAACCGCGUGAAACCCUGCCGCUCAAUCCCAGGCAGCUGUUUAUCCUCACCGGUAUUGAAGGACGUCACGAAGAUAUUCAAUUCUUCCCGUUUUGCAGUCGAGUCCGUCCCCAAGAUGACAACAUCGUUCAUGAACAUUGUCGUUGUGUGUAUGGUCUCAUGAUAUCCAUUUUGCGCGAGAUAUGUCAGCGACCCCACCUGAUGGCAGUCGACCAAGUCGAAAGCUCAAAGUCCGGACCGGUUGCAUCACCUGCAAAAUCAGGAAGGUGAAAUGUGAUGAAGAGAGGCCUUUCUGCAAGCGCUGCACCGACACUGGUCGCAAAUGCGACGGCUAUGCCGUGCAGCCUGAUAAGAAACUGAUCAAGCCCGCUGCAAACAAGCCUGAAUCGACUCCAUGUUCAGCGGCACCAAGAAGGCAAUCUUCUACAGGGACAGUCACAAGUAGAGCAGUGCGUCGGUUGGCACCAGCUGCACUUGUCAUUGAUUCUGCCUGGAUCUCACCAGCACUGUCGAGCGAAGACAAACCGUGGGUCGAGUUCUUCAGCACGCGGACUGGACCUGCACUCUCAAACAUCUUCAGUCACUCAUUCUGGUCAUUUACUUUGCCGCAACUAAGUGUCUCGGAACCAGUCAUCAGACACGCCCUCAUCGCGGUCGGUUCGGCGCACGCUCGAUUCGAAGCUGAAGCUAGGGAUAAUCAGCUCGUCCAAAGUGCAGUACCUCAUAAGUUCACUCUUCGACAUUACAACGAAGCAAUCAGGUUGCUGCAAAGACAUCUGAGCAACGACCCAAAGGCAAUUGAUUUCGCUUUACUAUGUUGUCUCAUGUUCAUCUCUUUGGAAUGCAUCUAUGGUAAUCGAACGUUGGUGGUCGAUCAUCUCCAGAAUGGCUUGAAUCUUCUCAGAUCGUCUCAACUGCUGGAUCAGGAGACGGAGGAAUCAUCAAAUGCAAUUGCCAAGUCAAUCAAGCAAGAAAUCCGGCCAUUGUUCCAUCGAUUGGAUUCUCAAACCACACUAAUGGGCUUUCCGGGCUCCAAUAUGUAUAAUGAUACGGACAGACUACUGUCCUUACAUACGCCUAGAUCCUUUGACGACUUUGAGCAUGCGAAGAUCUCGCUCGACACGCUUGUCGCAUCCACUCUACACUUCAUUCGCUCGGUUCAUGACGGCAAACACGAUGAGAAUGGCACGGUGACCCUAUCAGCUCGGACACUCCAACUCCAUCUUCUUAGCGAAUUGUCCGUCUGGAACAACAGUGUGGCCAAUCUUGUAAAGUCCCGCAAUCCAUUCAAGGACGAGGACAAUCGGAUGGAGAAAAUGCUUCGGAUACAACAAACUGCCGCAUGUAUAUGGUUGUCAAGAUGUACCGAAUUGGAGGAGCAAGGCUUUGAUGCAUAUCUUCCUGAUUUUGCAUCGAUUGUGAAGUGGGCUCGGAUAUUGGCUACUCCAUCACCUGAUGCGGAAGAUUGCUUACACUCGAGGCUGGCGUCAUUGUCUAUGGCCAAUACAUCGCGGUUCUCUCUUAACAUGGCCUACAUUCCACCCCUAUAUCUCGUGGCUAUCAAGUGCCGCGAUCCAAUCACAAGACGGGAAGCCAUCUCCAUCUUAGAGGAGACUAAUGGACGCGAAGGACUCUGGGACGCACGUCUUCAUGCCAAAGUCGCUAGACGACUGGUUGAAGUCGAAGAAGCCACUAUGCUGAUCUACGAAGGCGCUAAAUCUGCAUACAUGGAAGAAGGACCUUUGAUGCGGAUGAUUGCUGAUGGCGAAGUAAGAACACCAAAAGGAUCUAUGAAUGAACAUUUUCGGGUACAUGAUAUGGAUAUCAGGGAUGUAUCCGAAGGGUCUAGGGGAACUUGUAAUAUUACUUGGCGUACUGCUCCGCAUGGUAUACUUGGAGAGUGGUCAGCAUGGACUGAAGUGCUCUACUUCUGAGCAUUGUAACCAUCUCAGUUGCAACACACCACAACAUGGACAAGAGCUGGGAAAAUUAUGCAUAGGAGAAAAAUUAUGAAUUAGAUUUCCUGAUCAAUGGAAAUUGGGUACAACUAAGUACUAGUGUUACAUCCUCAUCUUCUUCCAAAUCGUGAUAAAAAGCUCAUAAUCUAAGCAAGCUGACCACGGACGGCUCCAGGGACAGCCAAG